AUUCAUAUUUGCCUCUUCACAUACAUUCUCAAAACAUUCUCCAUGGCUGGUCGGAGGACAAAGCUGCAUUUGCUGGGCAUUUUUCUGUUGACAUUAGCAAGCUUGAAACAACAUUGUGUUGAUGGAGAAUCGAAAGUGCCUUGUUAUUUCAUUUUUGGAGACUCCUUGGUGGAUAGUGGAAAUAAUAACAAUCUCCCGACCUUCGCUAAAGCGAAUUUCCUGCCGAACGGGAUUGACUUCCCGGAGGGUCCCACCGGAAGGUUUUGCAAUGGUCGAACUAUUGCUGAUGUGAUUGGGGAACUCUUGGGCUUUGACAACUUCAUCCCACCAUUUGCAACUGCUAAUGGCCCGGAAAUUCUCAAAGGUGUAAACUAUGCAUCUGGUUCAGCAGGAAUUCGAAACGAAACCGGCAAGCACUUGGGUGUUAACAUAGACUUGAGCACCCAGUUGCAAAAUCACCAAGUCACCAUCUCCCACAUAGUUGAUCUGCUAGGAAGCAAAGACUCAGCCACCCAAUACCUGAACCAGUGCUUCUAUUUAUUUGUAAUUGGAAGCAAUGACUAUAUUGCCAACUAUUUCUUGUCUCAAUCUUACAAUACAAGCAGCCUGUACACCCUAGAGCAAUAUGCACAAGUUCUUAUAGAAGAGUUUUCUCAACAAAUUAUGAAUUUGUCUAAAUCUGGAGCAAGAAAGGUGGUCUUGAGUGGAAUUGGUCCUGUAGGCUGCACACCAGGAGCUAUUGCUUCCUCAGACACAAAUGGGUCCUUAUGCGUGGACUGGAUUAACAACGCAAUAAAUCUCUUCAACAACCGGCUUGAAAUACUCGUAAAUCAGCUCAACUGCGAGCUGACUGGGGCACAAUUUAUCUACUUGAACACUUAUGGAAUCGUGUCAGAACUUAUUACUUCUCCUGCUUUUCAGAUUAAAAUAGACAUGUGCUAUAAGCUAAAUCUGUAUGGUGUAUCCAACCGUUGGGAACUUCCAUGUGAAGAUAGGAAUUUGCACUUCUUCUGGGAUGCUAUUCACCCAAGUGAAAUUGCAAACAAGGUCAUUGGAGGACUAUCGUAUCUAGCUUUGAGGAAGAUCCUCUGAACCUGCUUUGUAUCUGUCCACUUUUAGUUCGAGCUGGUGGCUGUUGAAAAAUUACUUCUUAAUAAUGAUAUAUAAUGAAUAUUAUUAAAAAUGCAAUGUAAUUGUGAUGACAUUAUAAAUAAAUCACUUCAUAUU